UCAGCGCAUGUUAGCGCAUGAUAUGUGGCAGCACUUUAAUGUAUAUAUACGGUGGUGUACAGAUCGGUGUACAUUAGUGUUAAUCAGUGUGUACGAAUAAAACGAAAUUAACGCUAGAAUAUUUUCCAAAGUGUUGAAGAAUUUCGAUCGAGAACUUUUGGAGAAAAAGUUGUAUGUAAGUACUUCUGAUUUUCAGAUCAUGGAAUAUAAUAAAAAUCGAUUAUAUUCGGAUAGACAUAUCCGUCGUCUCGUUGAAAAGAAAACAAAUUCGGAUUUGCAACGAAUUUUCAAUGAAACAAUAUCGGAAAGAUUCUGCUCAAAAUCUGUUUGCGCAGCUUUGGCUAUCUGGGAAAAUAUAAAAUCUAUAAUGAGAUUGUUAACCAAAAGAGGAGGGCGAAGUGCAUAUGAACUUGCAACCAAUAUUUUAGCGAAGGUAUUCACAAACAGUUUUGCUGCACAAUAUAGUUAUUAUGGAAAACAGAAAAAGAAGCCUUUAUCCGAAUUAAAAAUCACCAAAUGUAUUAUUGAGGCAGUUUCACAUUCUUACCAAGACAUUAAAGAACACGAUGUGGAAAAAAAAAUAGGCAAUUGGUUAGCAAAUGCUCCAACACGAGUUUUGAGAGAAAGAAUAAAGAAAGAAGUAGAAGCUAAUAAAAAUAAAGAAAAUGUUAACCAAGAUGAAGAGGAAUUAGAUUCUCCGUAAAAUAAUAUAUAUAUACAUUUAUAUUUUUCUAUAUUUUUUUAUAUACAU